AUGAAGCUCCGAUUCCGGGCUCUCAAUUCUGAUGAUUCUCAGCGCUCACCAAAGCGUUCACAGGGACACCCCAUCAACAUCAUGACCGACCAGAACACACCAUCGACCCCGCCUAAGAACGGCGCGUAUUCCUCGGACCAGAUCAAGGUCCUCGAAGGUCUCGAAGCCGUCCGCAAACGCCCCGGCAUGUACAUCGGUGGUACAGGCAUCGGCGCCCUCCACCACCUCGUCUACGAAGUCGUCGAUAACUCCAUCGACGAAGCGAUGGCCGGAUUCGCGACCUACGUCUCCGUCGUCAUCCAGCCCGAUGGUUCCAUCAAAGUCUCCGACGACGGACGCGGGAUCCCAACCGAUCCCGUCAAGAACGACGACCCCACCCUCGACGGCAAACCCGCCGUCGAAGUCGUGCUCACCAAGCUCCACGCCGGAGGCAAGUUCCAGCAAGAGGGCUCCGCGUACAAAGUCUCCGGCGGUCUCCACGGCGUGGGUGUCUCCUGUGUCAACGCGCUCUCCUCACUCUUGGAAGUCGAAGUCUGGCGCGACGGACAGAUCAAAGGCAUCGCCUUUGAACGCGGCGUCGUCACCAAACCAAUCCACGACAUCGGACCGAUCCCCGCAAACGCGGACCGCGAAACGGGAACGAUCGUCACGUUCAUGCCCGACACGGAGAUCUUCGAGGACGUCAACUUCGUCUACCAGACCCUCGCGACGCGCCUCCGCGAGCUCGCGUUCCUCAACCCUGGUGUCACCAUCAAGCUCACCGACGAACGCGUCGGCGCCGACGGCAAGCUCAAGCACGAGGUCUUCAAAGCCGAGAACGGAUUGCUCGAGUACGUCACCCACCUGAUGAAAGGCAAGAACACCGUCUCCGCCCCCGUCUACCUCCGCAAGGAACUCGAAGAAGAGUCCAUGAUCGCCGAGAUCGCGCUCCAGUACCACGACGGAUACAACGAAACACUCCUCACCUUCGCCAACAACAUCAACAACGUCGACGGCGGGACACACGCGCAAGGUUUCAAAACCGCGCUCACCCGCACGCUCAACGGCUACGCGAAGCGCACCGGGAUCCUCAAAGAAAAAGACCCCAACCCAUCGGGUGACGACCUCCGCGAAGGACUCAUCGCGAUCAUCUCCGUCAAGCUCCCCGAUCCGCAGUUCAACAACCAGCCCAAAGAAAAACUCCUCAACCCAGAGAUCGAGUCCUUCGUCUCCGGCGCGCUCCAAGAAGCCCUCAACAACUGGCUCGAAGAACACCCCGCCGACGCGAAGAAGCUCUGCCUCAAAGGCAUCGUCGCCGCACAAGCUCGAGAAGCGGCGCGCAAAGCACGCGAACUCACACGCCGCAAGACCGCGCUCGAUUCAGGGUCCAUGCCGCACAAACUCCGCGACUGCAAAACCAAAGACCUCGAUCGCGCCGAACUCUUCAUCGUGGAAGGUGAUUCUGCAGGUGGUUCAGCGACCCAAGGCCGUGAUGUUGAAACCCAAGCAAUCCUCCCCCUCAAAGGGAAGAUCCUCAAUGUCGAGCGUGCACGCAUCGACAAGGUUCUCGGAUUCGAGGAAAUCCGCACGCUCAUCGCCGCGCUCAAAUGCGGGAUCGGCGCCGACUUCGACAUCACCAAACUCCGCUACGGCAAGGUCAUCAUCAUGACCGACGCGGAUGUGGACGGAUCGCACAUCCGCACGCUCCUGCUCACCUUCUUCUUCCGCCAAAUGCCCGAGCUCAUCCGGCGCGGACAUGUCUACAUCGCUCAGCCCCCGCUCUACCAAAUCACGCGUGGAAAGAAGUCCCAGUUCGUCCUGAACGAACGUACCCUCGACAACGCGCUCACCGAUCUCGGACUCGACGGCUCGGUCCUCCAAGUCCGCGACAUCGAAUCCGCACAGCCUGGCAUUGAACCCAAUGUCAUCACCUCGAUCUCAGGACAGGACGCCCGGAGAGCAAUCCAACUGCUCACACGUCUGGGUGAUCUCGUCACCAUUGCUGAGCGCCGUGGGGUCAAGUUCAUCGACCUACUCGAAGCUCGCAAAGACGGCGUGCUCCCAACUCACAAACUCACAUCCCAAGCCGAGGACCUCUACGCGUGGUCUGAAUCCGAAGCGCUCCAGCUCCUUGAAUCCAAAGGAUGGCGCCUCACCCAAGACGCCAGGAUCGAGGAGGAAGACGACGACACACCGGCACUUGAUCCCGAUUCUCCAGAGUACGCCGCGAAGUUCAAGCAGGACAAUGCGCCACAAGCAACGCUCCGCGAACUCCACGAGAACCGCGAGCUCGAUUCAAUCUUCAAAAACCUCGCCGAACUCGGAUUGGACAUCAACGACUACGGCUUGGUCCAAGAAGAAUCCGUCACAGGCGAAAACCUCCCAGCACGAUUCGCGUGGGUUACCGAAAAAAACUCCGCCACCAAGAACGAAGACGGCGAAACAGUCUCACAAUCCCGCACAGUCGAAGCCGCGAACAUCCCAUCGAUCCUCGAAGCGCUCCACCAGAUCGGUCGACGCGGGAUGGAGAUCAAGCGAUUCAAAGGUCUGGGUGAGAUGGACGCCGAGCAACUGUGGGAAACCACGAUGGAUGACACCAAGCGGACGCUCUACCGCGUCCAGUGGGAGCACGCUUCUGAAGAAGCGAGCAUGCUGUUCUCGCUGCUGAUGGGUGAACAAGUCGAGCCGCGCCGCAAGUACAUCGAGGACCACGCGCUCGAAGUCAAGAACCUCGAUGUAUAA